CGUGUAGACGAAUGGAAUUAAAGAUAUCGGUCGAUUAUCAAGAUAAUGUAAGAUUAUUCGGUAGUGCGGUGAGGACUGCCGAAUUGUUGAUAUCAAUUUAAAACUAUAGACACAAUGUUUGCGUCACUUCUGGAGGCAGCCCGCAAGUCCCCGUUCCACGGGCCCCUGACACCAGCCUUGUGCGAUGCCAAUGAGCUCGCUCCCGCACUCACAGAAAGUGUACAGCCCAUCCAGACAAUAGUUGCUUCGUCAGAGCCGGAGCAGACGUACUCGUGCGAGUUCGGCUCCGCCAAGUACUUCGCGCUUUGCGGUGUCGGCGGUCUACUGUCAUGCGGCUUAACCCACACGGCGGUGGUGCCUCUGGAUCUGGUGAAAUGCCGGCUGCAGGUCGACCCAGACAAGUACAAGAAUGUGAUGAACGGUUUCAGAUUGACUGUGGGCGAGGAGGGCGUGCGCAGCUUAGCUAAAGGCUGGGCGCCCACAUUAAUUGGGUACUCGCUGCAGGGUCUCUUCAAGUUUGGUCUGUACGAGUUGUUCAAAGUGGGCUACUCGGACAUGUUGGAUGCGGAGACUGCUUACGUGUACCGCACCUUCGUCUACCUCGCUGCCUCCGCCUCUUUUCAGGACAAAUCAGCAACAGUCGGUUCUAUUGUGAGCAAGCUGGGCUGGGCGGGCGUGUGGAAGGGACUCGGCACUAGGAUCGUUAUGAUCGGUACAUUGACUGCGCUGCAGUGGUUCAUCUUCGACGGCGCUAAGGUUGUUUUAAGAACACCACGACCACCACCAGCUGAGAUGCCGGAGUCGAUGAAGAAACGUCUCGAAGCCGAACAAGCGGCCAAAGAUAAUUAAAUCAGGAAUCCCAAACCCAGCUAACAUUAAUCUCAGUAUAUUGGUUGAAAAAAAUAUGUGGAAAAAUGAUGUACUUUAGUGCAAUUUUAAUUUAUUGCCCGUACUAAAUUGGCAUUGCAUUUAUAAGCCACGGCUAUUUGAAGAUAGAAAAUAAAUGUAUAUGUAGUAGAAUGUACGUAGUGUAGGAACAGUUUCAUAAUUGUAUUUAUCGAUAUUAAAUAAUUUUAUAUUA